GCGCGAAAGUGAAAAGUUACAUUUCCCGGACCUUGGAAUAUCUAGAGUAAAAGUGCAAUGGCAGUGCUCAGGAUAUUUUGGUGGUUCCUCUUGUAUUUACACCUAAUUCAGGCCAUCAAAGUGGAUAGCCUCAGCAAGGAAGGAGGCUCUAGUAGUACACAAAGUCCUCCAGUUUAUAGAGUAUCUAAGCCUGAACCCAAACAUCCCGAAAAUAGAGUUCCUCCUCAUCUGCAGGACAUACGUCCUGGCUAUGUGGAUGAUGAUGCGGGCGAUGUGAUUAGGAUUAUAGAGCCACCUCAGCAUUUCCAGCAGCUAAAGCGUCUGCGUCAAAGACUACCUGCCAAUCCACCUGUGGUCUGGGAACAGCCUAGAAAACUGGCCUCCAAUAGGCUAAAAAUUAUACCCCAAGGAGACCUCCUCACUCAGGAAACUCAGGUUCAAUAUUCAAAACCCAAUCAGUUGCAAAUUCCAAUGGAAAUUCUUGCCUCGGUGAGGAAAACAGAGCGUUUAUUGAAGCAGCAAAGACAAAAUUUUCCACAAAUAAGACAACGCAUUAUCCAGAGACAAAGUCACACUGUAUUAUCCCAAAAAGCCAUCGAGCAAGAGCUAUACCAUCGUGGCCAACAGCACAGGCUAAGAGCAGUGUUGAGUCGCAAUCAAGAGCACAAGAGAAAUAAAAGAAAUAGGAGGGAUCUUCCGGACAAGAAAAAGGAAGUUUACGAUGUACAAAAAGGCCUAAAAUUAGUGGCUCACAUUGGGGAUCUGUUGAAAAAUGCCACCCAAUAUUUACCAGACGAUGGGGUCACCACCACCAAUGAGGUGAAAAGGUCACCAAUUUGCAGCAAUGCAACCAACUGCGACAAUCGGCGACGUCGCCAAAGACUCUUUAAACAGCACGCCAAGUCAGCAGAGCGGGAAAAAUUAAAGGAGAGGCGGCGCCACUUCCGGAAUAAAGAGGCAACAACCAAAGCGACAACACCAACAACAACCACCACAACAACCACUGGCAAAUCGGUGUUUUCAAGUGCCAAUUCAGUUGCUGAUACUUCCGCAAUUCCGCUGGCCAGUCGCCUGGUGAAUUCACGCAAAUCCAAAUCGCCAAAUAACAACCGCAACUUGGGCCGCAGCGAUGACUCCAUACUCUAUGCGGAUGUGAUGACAAACAUACGCAAUUUGUGGCAGGAGCACGAUCUUUCGACGGGACCGAAGUUUAUUGCACCUGGCGAGGUGGCCAACAAUACGGAUUAUCGCGCCUUGGAUGUGUAUCUCAAAGAGCUGGAUGAUUUGUCCAAAAAGUUACCCACUGCUGCUCCUAUAACUGGUCUCAAUAAAGAGGAGCUGCAGAGACCUACACCCACGCCCAGUUGGUAUUUGAUAAACUCGGAGGGAGGAAUCUUUGAGACCCGACUGGAUAGUCAAACUAAACCCUCUUCAUCGCUGUUCCAUCGCUUCCCCGACAUGCCCUACCAAAAUCAUAGUGUGUCCACAUUGGACUUGGAGUGAACGGUGCUCUUUGAGUGUUUAACUAGUUAUUAUUUAUUUAUUUACAAGGAAUAAAGUAUUAUUUA